AUGUCAACUUUAAUGCGUCAUUUAGAUUUAGAAUUAUUGUUGUAUUUGGACAGAACGCGAAUCUUGCUCGACAUGAAAAACGAGUGCGAAAUUUUCCUAGACCAAUUAAACGAGAAAACGGUAAGUAAAUUUCCACCAUUCAGGUACUUACUUGAAAUCGACGUCAUGGGUUUGCUAGAGUUAUUCCCCGAACUCGGGGAACAUUUGAUUAAAGAACCGCUCAAAUGGCAAAGAUACUGUAAUGAUAUUCUGUACGCGUGCCUUAAAACCUCAGACAAUGAAAUGAAUCAACGCAUACAAUCAUCACAAGUGGCUGUUAAUAUUAGACUGAAGAGUUUCCCUCAUGUUUUAUUCAAUUUCAAAAUGAGACACUACUCAGGAAUAGUAUCUUUUAAGGGUUUACUCAUUAAUGUGUGCAAGCCGACGAACUACGUUUACCACACCGUGUGGUCAUGCCCUGAAGAGUGUGAAGGAAAUGAAAUUAUCUUGCAAUUCAUACCAAAAACUCCCCCUAAAUGUUAUCUAUGCAGAAGCACUCUCUUUGAAAACAGCGGCCUAAGACGAUGCGAUGAACAGGUCGAAGCUACAUUUAAAUUUAAGAACGAUUUGCUUCCCAAGAAAUACACUAUAAUUAACGAUUUAAUUGAGAAGCUGAAAUUAGGAGAUACUUAUUUUAUUAACGCUGUUGUUUUAAAAAAGGCAACUGCUAUUUGGAGCUUGGAAGUAGCUGUCAUGCAUCCUGCACCAACAACAUCGCCUAUACCCAAAUAUAUAACAAAAAUAUUUGACGCAUGUGACAGAAAACCAUGGAUGUUUACCUACUGUCUUGCUUCCAGGAUUGGUGUUAAAGUUUGCCCUGCAGACUGCUUUGUGAAUGUCAAAAUAAAUCUUUUGCUAAGUAUAAUAAGCAUUAGAGCUCAAAAUUGGUGCGGUUCGAGAAUAUUACAUUGCUUGGCUGCAGGUCAUGAUACCCGUUACGUGGCAGAAAUUAUGAGGCAAGCGUGCCUACUAGCGAAUUCAAACGUUCUAUUAGGAACAUCCAAUUGUUCCGUAGCAACAGCUCUGAUAGGAGCAUCUGGGGGAGUCUGUGUUAUGCCGUUACCUUUGCAAGUUUACAAUCAAAAACAAAUACAUUCAAUUGUAACAGCCAUUGAAACUGGCGAAAUUCAACAUGAAACUGGUAAAGUGAAAUUAAACUGUGCAGUAUGGGCACAUGGUAUGGACUUCAAAAGGAUUGUCCUGUACGACGUAGCUAGAGUAUUCGGUACAGUUUGCCGCGCUGAUUACGGUGAAUACACAAAUGAAUUAGCGGAUUUCAUUCUGCAACAAACAAUAGAACCCUUUAAAACGACUACAGAAGACAAACAAACUUUGAAUGACAUAUCAAUUUACAUGGAUAUAGUAGGAGGUAUAAAGGUUUCGAUAGGUGAAGAAACGCAACAUCUCUUAAGCAAUUACUUUCUAGCUGCCCGUAGAGAGAAAACGAAAGCUGUUUCGGCUGGAAACAUGGAAUCCUUAGUUACAAUAUGUGCUAUGUCUGCAAGACUAUGUUGUCGAUCUGCUGCAAAUAUUGACGAUGCCAUUUUUGCUAUUUGGUUGCAUGCAAGUGGUAUGGCAGAACCAAGAUUUGCUCCAGAUGAGUAUCUCGAAACACCUAACGAUAUAAAUAAACUUAAUAGCGUUAUUGAAAAGUUUGUAGAGUGGCUAGAAAAUUUUACUGGUUGCUGUAUUGUACAAAAGUAA